CUCAGCGAGCCUUCUUUCUCUUCAUGUUGCAGCCAUCAUUCCCUUAAAUUUCUCUUCUUCUUCGUUGCCUCUUCCCAAACUCGUUGUCAGCAUCUUGGUCUCUUGGUCACAGAGACCACUCGAUUUCCUUCUGAAACUAGCUUUUUCACCUCUCUUAAUCGUUUCGCGAACUUCUGGUUUAUGUAGGGUUGUAUACAGAGAUUGCAACGGCAGAAAACCCCAUCGAAUUUUCCUCUACGAUUGCACUUCAGGUUGCGUUGAAACAACUGCUUCGGUUUUUCUUCAACUAGUUUCACUAUUCAUGAUGUUCGAGGCAUUAUAUAGUCUUCUCGGGAGUUGCAUAGAAAUGGCAGGAGGAGGGAAAUAAAGGAAAUAUUUCUUUAAGUUAUAAAGGUAUCCGAAGAGACCCAAGUUAUGAUGCUUUUAUGGUGGUAUAAUCUCUUGAUUAAGUAUUAGUAUUUGAUUAUGGAUAUCAUAGUUCAUGGUUCAAGGUAAGCAACUAUUUGAUAUGUGGUGAUAAAUUGUGAUAUGAAAGCACAGGAUCAAAAUGAAGCAAUCAAAGGAUCCAUUUGAGGCAGCAUUGGAAGAGGAAGAGGAAUCGCUGGCAGGUUCCCCACGAGCUGGUGAAGAGUUACAGGCACAAACUCCUGCAGGACAGGACAUCACAAGUGGGCAAGAAGAUGACAAUGUUGGAUCUGCUAUGAACAAUUCUUUUGACCCAUCUUCAUCUACACGGUUUUCAAUCUCCAAAGCUCCAGUGGGGAAAACCAAAGAUGAGGAUGACGAGGAAGAAGAGGAGAACAUGGAUGUUGAGUUUGGAAAAUUAUCUUCCAGUGCUGAUCCCACUAAGAUGGCCAAAAUGCAGGCUAUUUUAUCACAGUUCACAGAGGAACAAAUGAGUAGAUAUGAAUCUUUUCGAAGGUCUGCACUUCAGAAGUCUAACAUGAGAAGAUUGUUGGUAAGCAUCACUGGAAGUCAGAAGAUCUCUUUACCAAUGACGAUUGUUGUGUGUGGAAUUGCAAAAAUGUUUGUUGGUGAACUUGUUGAAACCGCUCGAAUAGUUAUGAGGGAGAGGACAGAAUCUGGACCAAUCAGGCCUUGUCAUAUCAGAGAAGCCUACAGAAGGCUAAAACUUGAAGGGAAAGUAGCAAGAAGAUCAAUGCCAAGACUUUUUCGGUAAAUCGAUAGAAAGAAGGAUUCUGGAGAAUUAUGCCUACUUGAUCUCUGAUAGUUUUUAAUUGGGAGGCAUGGUGGGUGAUUGAACCUGUAAGAUGAAAUCUCAAGUAAGGCCUUGAGGAGGCAGUCAGUCUCUCUGUAAAGUUGUGCAUUUUUGUUGUCAAAUAGAAGAAUUCAAGAAGAGGUUUGUAUUGAACAGGUGUAUAAUUAGAUGAUUUCACCAGAGAAGUUAAACCAGAUGCUUGCAAGCUCGAUUUAUUCUUGACCAAAGCACUUUCAGUUGAUAAGA